AUGGAAAAGUUGUGUCUCACGUUGUACUUCUCCGCUUGCAAGUUGCGACAUUAUAUGCUAUCCUUUACUACAAGCAUCAUCGCUCAAACCGACCUGGUUAAGUACAUGUUGUCGCGCCUUAUUCUAAGGGGCCGCAUUGGCAAAUGGGUAUUAGCUCUAUCAGAGUUUUCGUUACAAUAUGUUCCACAGAAAGCAGUGAAGGGACAAGCUAUUGCAGAUUUUUUGGCACAUCACCCUAUGUUGGAUAUUCCCCCAGUCAAGGAAUUAGAGAUCGCGAUCACCACCGCAACUCGACCAGAUUUGGCGCACAUCCCAGAAUAUGCAAUAUGGUAUCAAGCCACUGUCUCACUGCAACCCUGGGUAUUAUUCUUCGAUGGAUCAAGAACAGAAACAUUAGCAGGAGCCGGAAUUGUUCUGGAAAACCCAGCGGGCGAUCGUUUCUCCUAUUCUUUCCAAUUGGAGUUUAAAUGCACUAAUAACCAGGCAGAGUAUGAGGCCCUUAUUAUUGGCCUGGAAGUCUUACUGGAAAUGGGGGUAAGGGACGUUCAGGUACGUGGUGACUCUCUGCUCGUGAUAAAUCAGCUCCAGGAGAAGUACAGGUGCGUAAGCUGUUUGCUCAUGCCAUAUCUCACCCGCGCCAUUGAGCUUCUGGAUCAGUUUGAUGACGCUGAUUUGGAAUACAUACCCCGCGAGCGCAAUUUUGCGGCCAAUGAGCUUGCUCAAUUGGCUACGGGUAUUACACUGAAAUAUGGGGUUCGCGAGCGCAUACUGAAAGUUGAGCGCCGCACGCUGCCUUCAUGGCUCGCACGGCCUGACCCGCCCGACGAUCCGGUCGUCGCUGUCCUAGAACCUAUUGACGUCGAUUGGCGAAUUCCGUUGAUCGCUUACCUCAAGCAUCCAGAUCUUACGACAGACCGGAAGGUUCGUUUUCUUGCCUUGAACUACUUCCUCAGGGGCGACGACGUGGAGAAGAUGGCAUGGACUUCAGAUGUGUCUAUGGCAGAGAGGCAAAACAGCUAA